AUGGCAACCAAAGAAAAAGUUAUACAAGGAUAUGAUGUUACUUUGGAGUUCUUGAUGGAGGCAAAGAAGAAGUUGGAAGAUUGGGAAGAGGAAAAUGGAGGUAGAUUAAACGAGUUGGACAAAGGAGUUGAGAAAGUUAAAGAGUCAGAUAAGAUGAAUGAAGAAGAUUUGGAAAAGGAGAGAGUUGAAUUGGAAAACGAAAAGAAGAAGUUAGAGGAUGACAAGAAGGAGUGGGGGAAUAAGUUUAAAAAGUUCGUUGGAGAAGGUAAUGAACAAAUUGCUGAAAGAAAAGAAAGUGGAUGCGCCGUUCAUUAUGAUCGCCUUGAAAGUAAUCAAGGAAAAGCAAAUAUAAUGUGCCACCGACCACCAGAGUAUGUUGGACGUCCUGUGGUUUGGUUUUGUGAUAUCUUUGUUCAAUUUCAUCAAGAUUUAAAAAAUGCAGAACCAGUUCCAAAAAAAUAUUAUGAUAUUGCAUUGAAACUGUGCAAGGAGAUGUCAAAAACUUACCCUAAUGAAAAUGCUAGAACAAAAGCUUUUGAUGACUAUGCCUUAAUUGGAAACCGUGAGUUCAAAAAUGAAAUCGGAACUGGUCAUGUGGAUCCAUAUCUCCAAGGUGUAUAUUCAUGGCUCAAUUAUUGGUCAACUGAUAGAGGUGAUUUUUGGCGUAAACAAUGUUGUUGUCCAGGUUUUAUUAUAUCUGUUGCUGGAUCUUGA